AUGGCCUUAACAGGCUUGCGCGGGCUGCACAGUCCCGAAGCUAUGUGACCGAAGCCGACAUCGCCUCUGCCAGAAUUUACUGCCUAAAGCAAUUACAGUCCGUCUACCAGCUCCGAUUCUAUAUCUUUAUAUUUGCACAGCGUCUAACUCGCAUCGGUUUCCAGAACAAGCGACUAUGACGCCCACCUCAUCCGUCGGUUCGUCCCUCCCCCGGUCCAAGAUGCAUAUGCCGCGCUUCGGGCUCUCAACCUGGAGCUCGUGCGCCUCCCCGAAAUCGUCUCCAAUCCCACAAUUGGAUUGAUGCGCAUGAAGUUCUGGCAGGAAUCUCUCGACAAAACCUUCGCUGGGCAACCUCCUCGUGAGCCCAUUUGUAUCCUCCUCGACAAAAGCCUCCAAGACCUCGAGAAGCGAGCAGGCAGCGCGACGAAGAAGAGCAUCAAAUAUUGGGUCUCGAGGCUAGUCAAGACCAGAGAGAAGCACAUGGAUAACCGUCCGUUCACCAGUCUGGCCAGUCUCGAGGACUACGGAGAGAAUACUUAUGCGACGUUGAUGUAUGCGACACUGGCCAUGAUGCCUCUGCGAUCGAUGCACGUGGAUCACCUGGCUAGUCACAUUGGGAAAGCUUGCGGCAUUGUGGCAGUUCUGCGAGGCAUUCCGGUGUUGGCCGCCCCAGCGCAGCCAGUCCAGACACCAUCCGGAUUCGAUGCGCCUACCACACACAAGCCCUCGUUGCUGCUGCCUCUGGAUAUCAUGGCGGAGGAGGGUGUGAAAGAAGAGGAAGUGUUCAGGCAAGGACCCAAUGCCCCGGGGCUGCAGGAGGCAGUUUUCAAAGUUGCUACAAGAGCAAACGACCAUCUCAUCACAGCGCGAGAAAUGCUCAAGAGGCUACAAGCAGGGCAGGAUCCAGGUCACGAAUUCGAGCAUCAAGGCGAAGGCGAGCAUGUAUACGAAGAAGGCGAUGAUGCGACUCUGGAAUUGCGUCGCGGCUUUGGGGUGCUGCUUGAGGGGAUUCCUGCCGGACAGUUUUUAGAAAAUCUGGAGAAGGCAAACUUCGAUCCAUUCGCAGUGAAGAGUAGUGGUUGGAAGCUUCCCUGGAGGAUUUGGCAAUCAAUAUCCAAGCAACGGUUAUGAGUUGAUGAGGGCUGGGAUUGUAACUUAUAUGCUUGUAAUAUUAUGUAUGUACCAUAUUCACUAUACACUAAAGUAAUCAUAGCCAGAGGAACUCACGGGGUUGAUGCAAACGACAUUUAGCACCCAAGAAUAGAUGCAACAACCAGAAAUCAGAACAGACAAACGUUGAAACAAUAGAAAAUUGCAUGAACAAAUCAAAGAAGGAGACUUCAUACCUGUGGUUGGUGAUGCAUGAUGAGGAAAGCCUAGGGUAGGCAGACUCGGCUCGCCGCCCUCUGACCGACAUUUCCCUGUUGCACUCACUUUAAACGAAGUAACUCGUCUUCCAUGGAGCUACCUAUCGCGUAGCAUCUGAUGGGGCGUGGUUGCCCAAUAUCUCUACCCACUGCGCGCAGUACAACAGUUCCAUUCUAUUAAUGGUGCCACGUUCACAGAUCUCAACUGCCUAUUGGAAGGAUUUCGCGCUGAGCUGUCAGCCGCACCGUCACAAGGAUUUCGUAUCUUUGAAUAACCCACCCAAACCUUUAUUGAGAGACGCCUUGACAAGGCCGCCAGGCAAUGGCGGUGCAAUACGGGAAGGCGCCUGGUUAGUAUGGCGAUCUGGAGGCGUAUGCGAUAUGCAGCUCUUAUAUCAAAGCCGUUGGAUGUCCAAACAGUCCAGAAAAAAAUAAUAACAUAUCCAGCAUUCUCCUCUAAUUGACCAUCUCAAUCCUCGAAACAAGUGUCUGAGACAAGUAUGAGCAGUUAUGAAGCACCACCGCCCUAUGCUUCGAAUCCAUUGGUAGAGCCGCGGACGUGUAUAAUACAUCUCCGUCUUCUUUAUGCCUUCCGAGGCUUGGCGCUGCGUAUUGGCUACCAGGAUGGCCUCUUUGGAAUUGAGGAUGGCCGAAGUAAGAAAGUUGGACUUAAUAGCGAGGAAACUGAAAGAGGAGAAUCCAAGUUGAGGGAGAAGCGAUGGGCCAUCUACCUGGCUCGAGCUGUUCAUCGCUACGAAACCUGGUGGAAGACCCUGGGCGGGACUCCUCUUGAGGAAGUUGACAUGGAAUUGGUCGAUUGUGAGCGAUAUGACAGGUUUCCCGAGGUGGAUAUUCCAAUGAGAAUGGAAUGGCACGAACUUGUUCCGCUCGGUAUGACAUGAGCUCCUUCACUUGUCGUUGUUCUUGAAUUCCGAAACUGACCACUGUCCUGCGCUCUCAAGAUGUCCUCCUAAUCUGGCAUACUCAUAUCCUGAAUCCCAGAAACUACCUCGAGGAUGCGAUGCGUCGAGGUCUACAGAAAUUAUGGGUUGGAGGCAUCCCCUGGGACCUGAUCGACCUUUGCAUCUCCAGUGACCCGAAUUCUUUGUUUGAGUACCAGGCUCCUGAGGAAGCCAAGAGCAACUGGACUUCGCAAACAGGUCUAGAAUGGGAUAACUUGGAUGACUCACCAUACAUCGAGCUCGCAUGUCCAGUUUGUAAUGAAAUAACGCCAGUUCCUUGGACGACUUGCGAACUGGUAGAGCAGCCUUUGGCUUCGAGCUCAAACGCUAAGACAGCCUCGUUAGCCAGCCAGCUGAAAAUCAUCGGAUACGGGUAUGGCGAUGGAGACUUCAAGCACAGAUGCCCCCAGUGCAGCAUCAUGACUGAUGCAGACCUGCUCUGCGUCGCCAAAUUCGCUAGGGAUACGGACAACUUGGUCGAGAACGGAUGGCCCAUGCCCGGCACGCUGCUCUCGCUUGCGACGGGGAUGCCAGAAUCUAAUAGACAGAGCGGCGGCGCACUCAAAUCAAGGUCUGCGCUCACAAGUCCGAAUCGUCUCACUCGACAUGUUCUCGCCUCCCAAGUGAGCGGGAUGAUGAUGCAGUGGCGAGUGCGCGAGAAGAAACCAACGAUGGAGGACAUCCGCACGUUGAUAACUACUUUACUUGAAGAUUCUACGACGUUGUCAGUAAUGGCCAACAAUGAUUCCGAGGUGAGUAGAUAUAUCCAACCUAUUCAUUGUAUUGUAUUGAGAUGCCGGGUUUGGCAUCUUCUAUCGUUGUUUAACUUUAUAUACUCGAACUCUUCCGCAGCUAUCUCAAAGAUGUCUCGCGGGUAUAAGUUAUGCCGUGGUGCUAACAGAGAUUCUCCUUUAGCUGGUCCUUCCUCCAAAAGUUCGAGUCAUCACUCCAAGGGGCGCUGCGCACCUCCGAAAGGUGCUUGCCAACUAUUCGGACAACAACUGGUCCUCAUUUGGGCUUGACUUGCGCGCAGCCGUGAUCCGACAGGGCCUCUUCAUUGACAAAAUGUACAAGGUCAGUGAGCAAGCCUAAGCGCUUACACCAUGAAAGUCAGUAGCUAACACGGCAACUUAUUAGUUCGACUGGCUCCAUAGCCCAGCUCUAAUGGAGACAAUGGAGCGAUCGGUCUUGAAGUACUCUCGCUUCCUCGAGAUCGCCAAGAAACAUCCGGAUAAAAUGGUCGUUCCUACUCUUGACCUUGACCUGGCUUGGCAUACACAUCAACUUAGUCCUCAAGACUAUUACCGUACGACGACCAGGGAGCUUUCCAAGUUUCUAAAUCAUGAUGACAAAGUCGAGGAUAACAAACUUUCGGCCUCCUUUGAGUGGAUGUGCGAGACAUAUUUCGAACUGUAUGGCGAGAUCUACUCAACUUGUAUCUGCUGGUAUUGUGAAGGUAUGUGCUCCCUACUCAAUGGUAGGUUUUUGAGUCUUUGUGAACGACAAACUAACCUUUUCUAGCUGUACGAGGAAGCCAGACAUCUAGUAUUAGUAUCAUGCUAGGAAGGUCAAAGAGACAGCAAGGUAUGUCAGCUCAUUCCUACGUUGGGGAAACCCUCCCAACUGACAGCCACAACCAGCGCUCAAAGACCUAUACGCCCAGCAAGACCUCACAUCCUGCGACCCAGGCCCUCACAUAUCCGCCCACAACGCCGUCAAGGUCACCGUCGCCAAGCCAUACCUGCGCCACUGGAGCGCCACGCAGUUCCUCCAGAUGCACGCACAGCGGCGCGAGGCGGGCAAGGGCAGGGCGGCCAAGAUCGCCAAGAAGAACGGCAGGAAGUCCCCAAGCAGGGAGCAGUUCUACGACCACUGGGGCUACCCGUUCAUGCUGCCGGGGCCCUGGGUCUGCCCGGUGUACGUGGACACGUACAUGUACCCGAGCAACAUACCCAUGCCCCCGUCGUCAGCGUCAAUCAACGCUGACGGAAACAUCGGGGGUUGCAUUGCAGGUUGCGGAAACGCAGAGCAGCUCGGAGGGGGUGGUCAGCCUGGGCUUGAUAUAUCUGGGUUGUGUGACGUGUACACCGUCUCGACUGAUGGCGGGGAUGGUGGUGGUGAGUACAUGCCCCUACGAAGACUUGAAUACUUGAAAUAUUGUGACAUGUCUGUAUGCUGACAGUUCUCUUCCUGUUAUAGGAGAUGGUGGUGGAUGUGGUGGCGGAUGUGGUGGCGGCGACUAAACUGUAGAAUAACAUUGAUCUGUAUCGACUACUUUCUUGGAAUCCAUGAUGUUUUUUAGUCUCGGAACACAUGCGAAUGCAUAAGAAUAGCAAGCGUAAGUCGGAGAAAUUAGAUCUGAUAUUGAGAGCCCACCAUGGAGAUAUUAACCAAGUAGAAUGAGUGCUGGGUUCAUAACUGCCGCUAUAUGAGUAGCCAUAUGAUUCCCAGCCAGUAGGAGGGUAGCUGAGACCCAAAUUACUAAGUCAGACUCGAAGGGUGCUAAUUCUCGUCUCAUUGAAUGUGCUUCUUGUUGAGUGUUACUGAGGAGUGGUGUUCUAAAAGAAAAUAUGGGUCGCAAAUCGGCAAGUGGAGCACGUGACAAAAGCAGAUCAGAAUUUCGACAAGUUCUGAUAUCACCAAACCGGGCUUUUCGUAAGUCAAACAAAGAUUAAUACAGCCGCCACCAUGCUGUACGAAUUAAUCGGAGUGGUACGUUUGCGCAAAGGUCGCCGGUUCUGAUUCCCCAAUGGCUAACUUUCGCAACAGGUCCGCCAAGGCAGCUUGACCGAAGUCAGGGAGUUCGUCCACCCCAUCCAGUCGACCCUCGCAGAUUCCCGACCGCACCAACUAACCUUCCGCUAUGCAGAAUCGCCCAGACUGUCGGCUCCCUAGUUGUCAAGAACGGCGGCGUCAUCCGCGGCCUUGCCAACUGGGGCGUGUUCGCCCUCCCCCGACCCGUUUCCAUCCAUCAGAUGAGGCACACCCACGGCCACUACUUCGUUAUGCGAUACGACGCCUCGACCAAGGUGCACCAAGAUGUCCGCUCCACACUCCGCCUAGAGCCCAGAAUGAUUCGGUCGGCGCACGUCAAGCUCGGCGACGGAAAGCUUGAGACCCUUGCGCGAUUCGGGGCGCCCAAGUGGCAAGAAUCGAGAUCAUAA